AUGCCCGUGCUUCUCAGUGCACAUGGAACAGGGCAACCGAGACUAUAUGGAAAGGCAAAUGUGGCUGACCUGAAAGCACGAGCGAUAUUUGGAAGUGCGCAUGCGGCUGCUCAUGACAACGAUGUUGAGGGAGUGAAGGACAAGAGAAAUAUUAAGCGCGAUAACACUGAUGAUCAAUGCGGCAAAGGCUUUCCCCACUGUGCGGCUGGCUAUUGCUGUUCGGAAGCUGGCUGGUGUGGGCAAGGAAUCGACUACUGCUAUUCUCCCGGUUGCCAGUAUCAGUACGGACCAGCCUGCCCAGAGAACAUCACCCCAGCGGGUAUCAGCACAUCGACCAUUCCUCGCCCGGCUCUUGGAAAAGUACCAUAUGGAGGAGUUGGCAUAUAUGAGUGCACUACACCCGGCACCGUAGCCCUGACAUUCGACGAUGGCCCAUACAUCUAUACUAGCAAAGUCCUUGACGUCUUAGCCAGCUACGGCGCUAAAGCCACCUUCUUCAUAACCGGAAACAACAAUGGAAAAGGCGAAAUCGACAUCCCAGCCAACGGCUACGUUCCCGUCAUUCAACGCAUGCACGCCGAAAACCACCAGAUCGCCAGCCAUACCUGGACUCAUCUAGACCUAUCCGCCAUCUCUGCCGUGGACCGCAAGAACCAGAUGUACAAGAACGAGAUGGCGUUGCGCAACAUUCUGGGCUUCAUUCCAACUUACAUGCGCCCGCCAUACUCAAGCUGCACCCCAGAGUCGAGAUGCGAAGCAGACAUGAAGGCACUUGGUUAUCACAUCAUCUAUUUUGACGUCGACACGGAUGACUACGAGCAGGACUCCCCGGACAAGAUCCAGAACUCGAAGGAUUGGUUUAAGGGGAAUAUCACUGCCAGUGAUGCGACGGCGGCCGAUUCCGAGUGGCUUGUUAUAAGCCACGAUAUCCACUACCAGACUGCGUAUAACUUGACGGACUACAUGAUCUCUACACUUACUUCUCUGGGAUACAAAGCCGUGACAGUAGGUGAGUGUCUGGGUGAUCCAGUGGCGAACUGGUACCGCAGUGCGGAUGUUGCUUCAUCCGCUGUAAGCAAGACAUCCACAGGCUCUGCUGUUGAAAGUAGCACCGUAUCGUCGACGAGCUUCACUACCAAGACCACAACAUCAUCAUCGCUAGUAACAGCUAGUUCUUCUAGCUCUAAGCCCACGACCUCCCUAACCACGACCUCCUCCCCUCCAACGCCCAGCACCAUCGACCCGGUAAAAGUAUCGAUAGAUGGUACCUGCGGUGGCACAAACGGCUUCACCUGCGAAGAGUCAACCUACGGAAACUGCUGCUCCCCGAGCGGCUGGUGCGGCUCCUCCCCCGACUACUGCAGCACCGGCUGCCAGCCCGCCUUCGGGCUUUGCGGCACCGUGUCUGCGGCGCCCGCAGCCUCAUCAACCGCUGUUUCGACCGAAGGGAGCUGUGGAGGGGUGACAGGGCGGACGUGCGAGGGGUCGGCGUUUGGGAACUGUUGUUCAGCGCACGGGUGGUGUGGAUCGACAGCGGAUUACUGCCUGGCGAGCAGCGGGUGCCAGGAUGAUUUUGGGACGUGUGGGUAGACGACAUCACGGGUGUUGGUGAGAUUAAUGGGUUGUUGGUUCUUCAUGCAUUGAGGCUUUUGAAUAGCGCUGAAAAGAUGCAGGAUUGAAGUAAAGCAAAAGUUAUUGACCAAGAAAGACGUCUGAAUUUGGUUGCUCC